UGGGGCUAGGUCGAGCACAAGGACGAGCCCAGACCAAACUCCACGGCACAUCUUUAGCACGUGGUACCAUGUGCCUCUGAUGCGCAGCAACAACACAUACGCCGGUAUACUCAGCGGAGAGGAGAGAGAGACACACACAGACAGAGAGAGAUGGAGACAAGUGUGGACGAGUUGGAGGAGAGAGAGAUGGAGAUGGAGGCAUCGUCGGAAAAAAUAGAAUAUGUGAGCUACGGUGGGGAGCAUCACCUACCCCUCAUCAUGGGGCUUGUGGAUGAAGAACUCAGCGAACCCUACUCCAUCUUCACCUACCGAUACUUCGUCUACCUCUGGCCCCAACUCUCUUUUUUGGCUUUUCACCAAGGCAAAUGUGUUGGCACCGUUGUUUGUAAGAUGGGAGAGCAUCGGAAUACUUUCAGAGGUUACAUUGCAAUGCUCGUCGUCCUCAAGCCUUACAGAGGCAGAGGAAUUGCUACAGAACUUGUUACCAGAUCUAUUAAAGUUAUGAUGGAAUCAGGUUGUGAAGAGGUAACCUUGGAAGCAGAAGUUACAAAUAAGGGAGCACUUGCACUAUAUGGCCGUCUUGGGUUUAUUAGGGCAAAAAGGCUUUUCCGUUACUACCUGAAUGGAGUUGAUGCUUUUCGACUGAAGCUAUUAUUUCCCCACCCAGAGUUAUACUGUUCCCUUCCAAUGAUGGCCACUGGAAAUGAGAGCCAUGGGCAAAAUGAUCAUGUACCACCAGAAUAAAGUUCUCUGCUACAAAGCUCAAAGUUUGAAAUAUGAUUAUUAGACAACUCAGUCUACCCUUAAAAAAGAAAGAUGUUGCAGAAACCACAGAAUGUUUCAUUGUAUUGUAGAAUCAUAGAGGGUGUUGUACCAUAUAUUUGUGACAGAAUUUAUCCUACAUAUAUUUCCUUCGCAUAAUGUUUAAUUCUUUGCAAUUAUUCUUUGUUACCAUUUAGAAAA